CUGGAUUUUUGUUGGGAAUACGACAUAGGUAAGAUCUGAAGAACGCCGCCGUAUCUCAAAUAUUUCCUCCCGUAAGACGCGCUCCAUGAAGUCCAAAGCGUAUCGCCCAUUCUCUUGCGACGCUUGCAUGGGCCCAUCUCCCUUAGUAUAGCCCCGUCUCAAUUUAAGCCACAAAUUAACCUAACCCCAAUUCGACCGUCGCUUGGUGCUCGGCGCCGUCGAGCUUGGGGUAUAUCUCGCUCACACUCUCAUCUCCCCAACAUUCACAACAAUAACCGCUCCGCGCACACGCAAAGCCCACCUCGACCUUCAAGCUCACGCCUUGCGCAUCCUUCUUCAACUCCCUUAUACCAUCACCCUCAAGUUUCCAACCACCCAACCGUCAUCAUGCCUGGCGUUCCUCCCAAUGCGAUCGCCAACCUGAAGGCCAAGUGCAAGAGCUUCUUCAAGUCCAGCAAGAAGUCCAAGACCACCGAAGCCAAACCCGCCGCCGCAGCUGCUGCUGCCCCAGCCGCCGUAGCUGCCACCGCAACCACGGACGACAAGCCGACCGAGACCGCGCCCGCGGCCGCUGCACCAGCUGAUACCGCUGUUGCCACCGAGGCUGCCCCCGUCGCCGAGGCUGCCAAGGCCGUCGACGCUGCUGCCCCUGAGACCGCUGCCCCAGCUGCUACCAUUACUGAGGCCGCCCCAGUCGCUGAGGUUGCCCCAGUCGUUGCUGCCCCUGAGGCCGCUGCCGCCCCAGCUGCUACCAUCACUGAGGCUGCUGUUGCCCCAGUUGCUGAGGCCGCCCCAGUCGAGGCUGCUGCCCCAGCUGCCACUGAGGAGGUCGCCGCUGUUGCCGCCCCAGUUGAGGAGAAGGUUGAGGCCGCCGCCGCCCCAGUCGCCGAGGCCGUGCCCGAGACCGCCGCCGCCGCCGAGACCAAGGUCGAGGAGGUCGCUGCUGCCCCAGCUGCCACUGCUGCCUAA